AACAAAGUAUAAAACCGUAUGACUGCCUCUGCUUUACAAAGGCAACGCUUUCUGGAUACUUUGCCAUGUCUCUGAAUAUGUUUCAAAUUUUGGUGUAUGCUCUGCUGUUUACAGGUGUCCUUGGAGCCCCUUUUCUGACAGAAGAAUCAGCAAAUCAAUUUAUACGACUUAAACGACAGAUACCAUAUUCUCAGAACUACUGGGACACAAGCAGCAGCCAGUAUGCAUGGGGAUACAUUGGGGCAGAACAGCAACAACAUCAGAUCUUACAUGGAUAUGCUACAGCAGUCUGGGAUUCACCUCCAGCAACAGACAAGGAUAAGCUAUUAAAUCCUACACAUCUCAUAUCUGGCCAUAUUAGGAUAUGGCAUGUUAUGUAUUUGCCAUUAUGUAUUUGAUAAGAUUACUUUAUCUCAUCCCACUGUCUAAAAAUUAAAACACUAAUUCUCUCAAUACCACAUAUUGUAUAUUCAUAAGUAGAAGCGAGAUGUAAGUAAGUCAUGGUAAAUAGAAUAAGAAGUUGAAGACAAGGCAACCAUUAACUUUUAGCAGAUUAGUUACCCCCCCCGUGUUCUCAGGUAAAACUCUUUUUGACUAAACAAUUGUUUUUAAAUGUACAUUCCUGCUUCUGUGACUGAAAACGACAUUUUUAUUUCUCAGUGUCUUUAGCUACAUUUUUGAGAGGCAAUUAAAAAAUGGAAAUCAGUCACUUUGGGUGGGUAAAAGAAGUUUGCUCCAGGUUUGGAUAGUAAGAAGAGUAUACUUCUGUACUUCAAGUGCAUUUCCAUUUUUUCAAGUACUGGGGUCAAAUUAGUAGGUAUUAUAGUAUACAUCCAUAUCAUGUGUAUGCUUUGCUUUCCACAUUUAAACUUCUGUACUUGGUCUUGAAUGCCAAAACCAACCAAAGCCACAGCUACCAAUAUGAACUCCUUUUUCUUGCUCCAUGGAAGUUAGAGCUGGUGGAAAUACUUAUUCAUGGCUCCUUUUCCUAAUAAAAGUGGUGAUGACAAAAUA